AGCCUUUUCCUGGUCAAAGGUGAAAGUUCAGUCUCUCAACUCGUAGACCCGAGCAACAAAACAAGCAGCAGCUGGCCUGGUGGGUAAAUAUAGUAACUAUCCAGUAAAUAACAGCACCGCGCUCCAGUGCCACCCGAGAACCCAGCGGCAAGUCAUUAAAAUGGCGAUAGAGUAAGAGCGGAGGGCUUUUCUUUUUAUCGAGGGGUAGACACAAGCCAGUCGGGCUGUAGAGACGAAAAGCACCGAUGUUUGUGCAGGAGGAGAAGAUUUUCGCAGGGAAGGUGUUGAAAGUCCACAUCUGCACCAUUGAAGGGGCAGAGUGGGUGGAGGAAGUAACAGAUGACACUACCAUAGAGAAACUCAAGGAAAAGUGCUUGAAACAUUGUGUACAUGGAAGCCUAGAAGACCCAAAAACUGUGACUCAUCACAAACUUAUCCAUGCUGAUUCUGAAAGAGUGCUAACAGACACUAAAACUGUAGGAGAGGAGAAUAUUAAAGAUAAAGAUGUCUUGCUGUUAAUUAAAAAGCGAGCCCCUCCUCCACCUCCCAAGAUGCUCGAUGUGUCUGCAGAGGAAAAGAAAAAGCAGGAACAAAGAGCUCCAGACAAAGAUGCCAUCUUAAAAGCAACAGCAAGCCUACCUACACGCCAUUCUGAUCGGACUGUCGCGCAACACAACAUGCGAGAUGCAGUACCCUUUUUUGGACUUAAAAAGUUUCAGACAGAACUCAGGAAAAUCCUUGUGUCGCUUAUUGAAGUGGCACAGAAACUGCUGGCACUGAACCCUGAUGCAGUAGAAUUGUUUAAGAAGGCCAACGCCAUGUUGGAUGAAGAUGAAGAGGACAGAGUGGAUGAGAUGGCACUCCAACAGCUCACUGAAAUGGGGUUCCCAGAGCGCAGAGUUGUUAAAGCGCUGCGUCUUAAUCAUAUGUCGGUGACGCAGGCGAUGGAGUGGCUAUUCGAGCAUGCAGACGAUCCCACCGCUGAUGCCCCUGUGCCUGGCCAGGAGUCAGCUGGAGCCACUGCUGGACCUUCAACCACCGCAGCAACAGCAUCAAUACCAUCAUCAUCAGCAGCAGCAGCAGCAGCAUCAAUACCAUCAUCAUCAGCAGCAGCAGCAGCAGCUUCCAGUGCAAAGGUCGCUUUAGAAGCCAACACUGAAUACUCGAAGCAGGACGAGCUAACAGACAUCUUUAAAAGGAUCCGAAGGAAAAGAGAAUUUCGACCAGAUUCACGAGCAGUCAUUGCACUGAUGGAAAUGGGAUUUGAUGAAAAAGAAGUUGUUGAUGCCCUGCGAGUAAAUAACAACCAGCAAGAUGCAGCUUGUGACUGGUUGCUGGGAGACAGGAAGCCCUCGCCAGAAGAUUUAGAUAAGGGUAUUGACACAAACAGCCCCCUGUUUCAGGCCAUCCUCGAAAACCCUGUUGUACAGCUUGGACUUACCAACCCAAAAACACUUUUAGCAUUUGAAGACAUGCUGGAGAACCCGUUAAACAGUACUCAGUGGAUGAACGAUCCCGAGACGGGGCCUGUAAUGCUACAGAUAUCUAGGAUCUUCCAGACACUAAACCGCGCAUAGGGUCUACCUCCUGCCUGGGCGGGCAAGCUGUCCUCGUGCUGUAGAGUGCACUGGAAACUAGGUGGGCUCUGUGCAGUGGGAAAGCAGCAGUGACCCUCUGUUUUAAUAAGGGAAGUGUGUGUGUAGAUGUGACUUCAAUCUACUUUUGUCUUGCGAAUGCAGUGCUGGAAGUGACAUGUAAAUGGGGUGGGAUGACAAAGGAUUCAUUGAUUUAUUUAUAAUACAGGAGACACUUGUAAAAACCAACGUGAACACUUUUUGUUACAGUUCUAAAAAUAUUGGGUUGUUAACUCUUUUUAAUUUAAACUGUUGGUCUAAGAGACAAUAAAUCAUCGCCAUCAUCAAAGUUUACACAAAUGUAUUUUGUAUUUUUAUUAAGGUAGUUCACAUAUAAACCAUAGAGUUUAUUUUUCUCUAAGUGUAGUAGUGUCAAGUAAACGCUUUCCUCUUUCCUGUUUUUGUUUUCUUUUUUGUGAAUCUGUAAGUUAUUUGUGAUGCACUCAAGUGUAUUCUUUUUGAUGGAAGUCUAUGGACCAUAUUCACAAAGCAUUAGCACAUGUGUAAAUACAAUUCAAUGACUUGCUGCAGCUUUGUGAAUACUCCUCACUGUGUUACUACAGGUCCAGAUUUGUUGAUAAAUAUCCAAGCCCACGUUUUGCAAAUUAUAGACUAUUCAUAUAUCAAUCCUCUGGACCUUCUGUGCAUUUCUGUAAGAGUUUAAAAUUGGCUGUUUUCUGUCUUCCAACGGCAUGGCGUAACAUAAAUGCGGUAAGCUUUUAAAAGUUUAAUAAAAAAUACUAAUAGUAAACAAUACAAGGCAUUAUAACGUUGAAAUUGACUGCACAUAAAGUAAAAUACACUUCAGCCCCCAAUUAUAAACUGCUACUGUAUCUUUUUAAAUUCAAGUACUCUGUGAAUUCAGUAUAGUUAUGAACCUUAUUGUAAUUUUAUUGUGGCAGUUCAGUGUGUCUAGUCAGGUAAUCAGGGAAAACACUGCAAAGAACAAAAUGUUGAUUCUAUUUUACCCCAAAUGCAUAUGGAAUACCCAUUAUUUGUUUAACGUUGUUGUAUUUUUGUCCAGUUCCGUUUUAUUUGAACCUUGUGUUGUCCAUUUUUAAUAUUGUUUACCGUUUUAGUUUUUUCAUUUUGUAUCAUUUUUUAAAUUCAUUUCUGUAUUUCUUUUGCUAUGAUUGAACCACUUUUGGUGUUUUAUUUCAUAUUUUAGUGUGCCCAGUAAUUUUACCCCCGAUUCUUGGAUUUUAUUUUUUUUCUUCCAAUUAUAAUUUUUUCCUGUCACCACAGCAAUUCCCCACACAGCUCAUGAGAUCAAGAUUCAGUGGGCAUCCUCCGAUCCCACGGCCAAGCCAGCUUCCUCUUUUAUACCCAGGAAAUCGAGAGAGGAUGUAAGCGAGCUACCGGCCUCUGGAGGACAAAGGCCAGCCCUGCAGGUGUCCGCUCUGACCUCACUGGGCGCCUGGCCAGCAGGGUCCGCUGUAGCUUGAUGAGGAGAAUCAGUCCCUGCUGGUUUUGCCCCCCUAACCCACAGGAGCACCAGAGCCAAUGCUACGCUCCCUUCGGAAUACCUAGCACAGUCUGUCAACGCCUCACAGCCAGGACGCAAACCUGCGCUGUAUGAUCCCCUUUGCACACCACGAGUCUGUGCUUUUACCAGGUGAGCCACUCGGACUCCCUAAUUUCAAUUUUAAAUACUGAAAACAGUAGCUCUGGUAAAUUUCCACGCUGGCGUAACAGUAGCAUUGUUUCUUAUCCUAUUGACCCAAGACAUCCGAAAAAUAAAAACAAAAACAAUAUCGACUGACAAUACACUCCUUGUUCAACAAUAGUGGGAACUAAAAGUUGUGUUUUAUAAGUGUCUUCCUUCCUUAGCCUGGCGUGACAUGUCCCACAGUGUUUGUAGUAUGUGGUUUAAAGGCUUUUGUUUAUGGUGUGUUAAUCAGGUGCUCUGAUAAGUUUAAAUGAAUGCAGUUUUUUUUUUUUUAAUGAUUUUUUUUUUAAAAAAAGGUGGGACUUUAAAAGGGAAUAUGAGUGAAUUUUUAUGAUUUAUUUUAAAUAUAACUUGUGACAAAAGGAUCGGCAGUUAUUCAUAUUUUUAUUGUUGAUGCUGAAACAUUGACGUGGCUUUAACUUCAUUUUGGGAAAUAAUAUGCAGGUUUGAUAUUCAUGAAAAGGCUAGACUACUGUUUUCUUCUUUACAACAGUCUAAAACAGAUUCAAUAAUAUAAAUUAAGUCAUAAUACAGGCUUUAAAUUACUCCUGAGUUAAAGGGUUGUGAAUAUGGCCUGUGUUUUUUAAUAACCACUUAUUCCAUUAUGGACUGCUUUUAUUUAUGCAUAGAUAGAUAGAUAGAUAGAUAGAUAGUUAAAUAGAUAGAAAAUCUGAAGUACAGAGAAGGCAAUACUCAAAAGCCCAUUUUAGCUAAAAUAAAUCUUUCGGACAUGAAAACGCUUUUGUCUGUGUAUAGGGUAAUGGGAAUUAGUUACUUUACUAUAAGUCCUUGUGCAAAUCGUUUUUCCUAUGAUCAGUGCGCCAACCUUAUAGAAUACACCACAGAACAAACCUUUUUAGAAACUAAAUAUAUAUCCCAUGUAUUGAAUGCUCAUGCCAUAACUGACUGUCAACCAAACUAUUAUAUUCUGAACUUCUGAAGACCACACACACAUCCUGAAAUGCGUUGGUGGUUACACCUUAGGAUUGCUGAUUUUAAUAAAUGUUAUUCAUCAUAAGGGUUAUUUAAGUUUAAACAGGCAAUUCCUGUUAUUCAUGCACAUUUCUGUCACACAUUGAGUGUGUGUUCUGUGAUAUACUACUAAAAAUCAACCAGAAUGAGGAGCAGCAGUCAUUUAAAUGAAGAGAAUAGUUAUUGCAAAGUCCCUUUAGCAAUAAAGCAGUGAAAAUAAUACUGUUUUUUUCUGAUAUUAAAUAUGGGCUUCUGAGUGUUACAUGUAUUGAUAGUAACAAUUUUAUGUGGUUACCAGAGUACUACUUUUCUUUUGACUACAGAAAAAAUGGGUUUGUUGAAUUAAUGCAUUGUUCACCUUGGAAACCAAAUCUUAUAUAUUAAAUAGAUAACAAUAUGUACUGUAUUUAUUGUAUCAAAGGGAAUGUGUGUUUUACCUGAUGCUGAAUAAUGGAAUAAGUGGAUUUAAUGCUCUUUAAAAAAACAGUGGUGUAUGAGUUUGGGAAGUUGUGAUAACUAGUAUAAUAUGUUCAACAUGACAAGUAUUUAUUUAUAUAGAGGGGAGUGUUUGUUGGCCAAAGUAUUUUCUUCACAUUUGUGCUGCAUAUAAAAAGUCUGAUUACAUAUUAGUACUGUAUGUAUUAUAAUAAUCCAAUAUAUGAAUAGAAGGAAAGUCUGUUUUUAUUCUUGAGAAGCAUGGAAGAGUUAGCUAGAAAGUAUAGUAUUUAAUGGUAGCUAGAUCGUAUUGAGCCCUUGGCAGACUGUGCACUGACUGAUCGUUCCCCGGUGAGCAGCAGUAGCAUUCUUGUAGAAUGUAUUUUGAGUACUUUGUUCAUUUGGGGAAUUCAGAUCCUCGUCUUAUCUCAACACUUCCAUACCAAUCUGCUUGAUUGCUGCUGAAAUGCUGCAUGCACCUUAUUCACACUUAGAAUUCCUUCAACUACAGCAGUCUGCAAAGGGUCAAGGUUUUGCAGAACAUCAAUGUUCAGUAAGACCUUAUAGAAGAUCAUUUGGGAGUCCUGUAGAAGCAGGGGUUGGCGCAGCAGAAACUUUGAAAAACACUAAUCUGAUUGCAAAGAAUGCCAUUACUGAAUUUACAAACCAUAAUCAAAACUUGCCCACCCCCAAACCAGGCUCGCGAAGGGCAGUGCUAACACUGAUGAGUGUCUAAAAAGAAGACUGAUAAAGUCUGAGGUGUUCCCUAAAUCUCUACACAGAGUGAGAUCCUGUUCCUAGACCAGCUUUAUGAAACCAACCAGUGCUGUUACAACCUAUGCAAAUAUCACUCUGUUUAAAAACGUUGUUAUUUCUUUUUCAUUUUGUUGUUGCUGUGUCCGUCAAAUCGAGGUGAAUUUGUUUAACUGUGAAAUAAAUGUAAACGUUUACAACCAUAACAUGGCACUGUCACAUGUGUAGAGAAAGCUGUGGUGCUUUAUACAGUGGUAUCUUUAUUGAACAGAGUUUUCCACAUACUUAAAGUAGCUUAAAAAUAACCAAGGACUCUGUGUUAGUCCCAGUUACACCAAUGCAAUUUCAUGCUCAGCAUAAAACAGACUCACAAAUAAAAUGUAUAUAUUUUUUAAUUUUAUUUAAGUAUUUACUUUUAGAACAGGCAAUUGUAUGUUGCUUCUGUCAACUUAAACAAUGCUCGUAUACAUGGAAUCUAUUUUUUCUGUUUAGCCAAUUUUGCAUAAAAACAUAAACAAUCUUAAAUUCUAUUAGGAAUUGUAAUACAAUAUAAGUAAAGUACAGAAUUAUUACAAUUACAAUUGCAGGAACUCUGUAGUAAACCUAAUGAGAUUUUUCUUUGAAGCUUUGUAACAUCAUUUUCAGUUUUCAUUUUAACUGGGCUAAAUGCUAUGCUAAACGCAAAGUAUAUAGCGCGUGAUGGCCAACCUUGCAGUAAUUUUAUCAAAUCUUACUAAUACUAAGUUUUCAGGGUUACUAACAGAUAUCAACACCCUCCAGUCCCAAUGUGUUUGUAACUUUGAGGUUCAACUUUGACUCAAUCAGUAUCUAAAUACAGCCAAUGUUAGAUCUUUCAAAUAGAACCCUCUAUGACAUCAGUACAUUGAUGGACCUUGUAUAGUUGUUAUGUACAUUAUACGCGGAUUAUGAUGUACUAAAAAAUGAUACACAUUUAGGAUGCGUUUGCUAGAACUUUGCUACACCUUUUUUCGUUGUACAUUUUUACACACAUUCAUUUUGCCGAAACCCGGAAAUAUUACUUUACUCUGGAAAGAGAAAUGUGGGAAGCCCUGUAUUCAUGUAAAAUACCACUUCUGUUGUAUUUAUUUAUGUAUGUAUGUAUUUAUUUAUUUAAUUAAGAACUGUUAAAUUAAUACUUUUAAAAUACAGAGUUUACACAUGUGUCGUGCUUCAGGUUUCAUUGUAACAUACAGUAGUCCAAGAUACACUAUGUCUGGUCUUUGUAAACAAAUAGCCUUUUUACAGGUUGAAGUUCAAUAAAGUACACACUUCAAUA